AUGGCUCGGCAUUUUAUCAUGCAAAAUCAUAUCAAUGCUACAGUAUCUACACUACCCGAGCGAUCUUUAUCUUCCGAGUCCAAGACACCCAGUCAAGAUCCGUCCAAUAUAAAUUCAAGUUCAAAAUGUUCCUCCACUUCAUCUUCUAAUAGUAACAUCAUGUUUCGACAAUUCAAUUCUGCCACACACCCUGAUUUCUUAUACAACAAGACUAACCCUUCAACGUCAUCUUCUGCAGCAGGGGUUAUCUCACAUAAACCUGCAUCAAGUAAUAUAAAUUCUUUAGAUUUUCUAAGGAAACCUAAACGAUUACCCACAUUACAUUCUCAAUGGGAUGACCAAACGAUUUUGGAACGUAAUACUUUAAGAAAUAAAGACCCUCGAUGGAAUUCAAACAGUUCGCUGAGUUUAAACACUUCAUCUAAUGAUUCUCCAAUAAAGAAGGAUUUUUCAUUUAAAGAUCUAGAUGAGGCAAACGACGAUAUGUUUUUCCAUCAGACUCCUUUGCAGGGACCUGGAGAAGAUGAUAAUACAAGUAAUCAAAAUAGUUCAAUCUCACCAAGAACUAAGACCACCAAGAAUUAUAUCACCGGCAUUAGUGGCACUGUAACUAAUGAUACGGGAGAUAUCCGAUUAAACUUAUUGCAUUCAUUGGAUACCGCUACGGGUGUAGGUGAUGAAAUACCUGUUUAUAAGAAAUCGGGAGAAUUAUUAAAACCUUCGUUGAAAAAAAGAUCCAAAUCUUUACCCACAACACCAAACAUCUUGAAUUCCAAUUCUUCUAAAUUGAAUACAACACGUCACCCUAAGAUGGAAAGAUCCAAGAGUGUUCAUUUUGAUGAAAAGGCUCCCUUCAAAUUAUUUGAAAAAGAUGAUUCUCCGAUAAGAAUCAUCAAUUAUAAGGAAAAUAUUGAUCAAUUGGAUUUUUGGAAUUAUAAUAAGCCAUUAACCAUGCAAGACUAUUCGAAUACCACGGAAACGUUAUUAACUGAUUUACAAAUGUUUAAUAUGAAUGAUAAUGAUUUAUUAUUGAGGAGUAAUGGUAAUACAAACAUUUUUUCAGCACCGCCUAUCAAACCAUUGAGGAAAAGUAAAAAAUUCACCAAUGCUGCUGCAUCAACAAUAUCAAAUCCUAAAAGAAGAGGGAACACCAACGGCAAUAGCAAUGGUAAUAUAAUAAGGAGCAACGAAGUAUCUCCAAAGAGUUUGAGCAAUGGCAGUACCAACAGAUCCAAUAGUUCUGGCCAUUUACAUAAAGUGGCUGGGUUAUAUUCGACAAAUUUCCCCAUCUUAAGUAAUAAAAACCCUAAAUCGUUGAAAUUGAACAUCUUUGUAAAUUUAUCUCAGGACAAGAAAUGCUUUUUGCAAGAUUUGACACUAUACAAUACCAAUAAUAAUUCGUUUGGUAAUAGUCACACAUUAAUCAUUGGGAAAGUACUUGUCAAGAAUAUAUUUUUCCAUAAAAGAGUAAUUAUCAAAUACACAUGGAACAAAUGGAAAACGUUCCAUGAUAUUGAAAGUGUUUAUUUGAGUGAUGCUGAUGGGAUCUUACCUGGGACCAACAUGGAUAUUUUCAACUUCAUCAUUGAUGAUUCCGUUAAUAACGUGAGUUCCGACGGACGCAAGGGGAUGCUAGAGUUUUGUAUUAGAUACAUCAGCAUUGACGAUGCAAACGGAGGUAAUUUGGAAUUUUGGGAUAAUAAUGGCGGCAAGAAUUAUAAAGUGGAUGUAAUUAUAUAG